AUGACCAGCAUUAGUUUGAAUGGAUCCAUACCCACAAGGCCGGGGACGGUAUAUUUGGGCAAAUACAGCUUUUCUCGAGAGACUCUGGACAAAACACAAGAUUCGCAGGAACUUAUUGACUUCAAGGACCCACCAAGAACAGCUCGAUCGCUUAGGUCAACUAUAAGACGAGCCUGGGUAAAACCUCUGGAGCCACUGAAGCCAUCCCCGCCAGCGACACGACACCACAGAUUUCGCAGAUGGCUCAACAAACGCGAGAGAGAUUUCACUUGCAGCUGGAGCGAGGCCGAAGAGCUUGCGGGCAUGGACACCCAGCGUUUUGCAGAGCUGCGUGAGCGAAGUGAGUUUAAAAAUGAAUACGGAGGAUUAGAGGCUGACGACUUAUCGUUACCUUCCAUAGGAUUCAAAGAUGAUUGUGGCACUGAGGAAAAUGGAUUAGACAUGUUUAGCAGAAUUUAUCUGGAUUCAGAUUCAGGUGCUACAUUGUCGGAUAAUACGGAGAGGUCUCCAGCCACCGCGCUAUCUUCCUCUAAAAGAAGGUUUGAUUUGCUUCGCAGUUUCCGGUUGCGGUUGCAUCGAAGCCGGAUUCGCAACGAGCUCACACUCACAGACCGGUAUUUGGGCUCAGAGGAAAAUAUCGAACGGUGUUUGCAAGAAAUGGAUUUGAUGCCGUUCGAUCUUACAGCACCCUCGACCGCGGGAAAUGACAGCGCAAGUGGAGACAGACACAAAGAAGAGCAGUAUAGCGGUGCUUUAAGUGACAAAAGUACCAUGGUCGAGGAGACGUUCCGACCAGGAACGUGGCACAUCAAAAAAAGGAGACAGUGA